AAAGUUUGAAAAAUAGCAUUCGAAAUCCUCAAAUUCGGAAUAAUAUCAAAUUAAAAUUCUAAAAAAUCGCAAAAACCAGUCGCUUUUGCAUGUGUUUGGAGCGCGUAGUAUGGAUUUAUGCCUGCGAGGGUCGCAGAUAAAUUUGGUUGAACGUCAGAAACCGCGCCCCAAAUACAACUCCCAAACGAAUUUAUAUCAACCGUCGAGCGCCAGUCAGCUGCACAGUGGCUACAACGUGCGUGUACGUCCACGUUCGGCACAGUUUUUCGGCAAACGUAGCCGCUCCUCACCAUUUCUCAAUCGACCACAAUCGGCCGAGCUCAGUCAGUUCGCUGUUGGCACAACUGGCGGCGCUGCCGGACAGCUUACGGGCGGCAACAAUUGUGUUUCCUACUGUGGACGUGGCGGCGAGUACGUGGCUGAUAAGUUUGGCAGGAAUAAGCGUUAUCAAUCGAUUUCCUCUUCAAGUCUGUUGAAACUGUUGCUGGACGAGCCCAUCAAACGCUCUUGGUUGUGUCGUGGCGGUGUCUCUUCACCAGAAACCCAGUCUGAGCAGAGCAGUGCACGUAAAAACUCACUCGCCUACUACGAUUAUUGUAAAGGCACGCGUACAGAACUGGUGGGUGCGACUAGUGUACGCUUGGACAAAUUUCGCAAGCAGCAGACAGCAAGUGGAGAGAGUAAUAGAUUUAAUAUGAGCGCUUCGACAUCGCGUCUCUCCAGCGGCACUUCCGCCUCAAGUUAUGCACGUGACAAAUCAGCCGGCUCUACAGCAUCCACCUCAUCUUUGCGCGCGACAGAUUACUGGCAAACGAACACUAUAUCACCACACACUGCAAUGCUGCAAAAGCAAGCCAAACCCGAUCUUCCGGGACGUGUGUCCUUCUCAAAACCCAAUACGGACUUACGAAAUGAGCCAGAACUGAAUUUAAGUGAUGGCGAACAGGAAAAACAUAUGCCUUAUGAGCGCAUAACCAGUAGUCCACCCACUGAAGUUGCCAUCUCCGCACCAGGACCAGCAACACCGCCGGCUGCAGCUGGUUUUAAAAGCAAACCCGAGUUCGCUGCACCAAAAUCCGUAUAUAACGAACUACCCAGCUCGGCGGGUGCUAAGAAGUCUGUGCAUUUUGGCGCAUCUGCCGGUGGUGAGGGCAUACUCGCCGAGACUUAUGAAUAUCCCAAAUGCCCUUCAGAGAAUUGCUCGUGUAGUACACGUAGCUCGUCCACGGCGAGCAGUACACAGGACAUCGCAAUGGAGGGAAAGUGUGCUUGUGUCGCGUCGACUUGUAAAUUCAGCGCUGAGCAGUUGGUGCGUCGUUCGAUCCUAAGCGAUAUGGAAUUUAUGGUGAAGGAGGAUGCGCCGCAGAAGUCACCAUCCAACGAGGAGCUCAAGGUAAUACGUGACUACAAGAGCGUUGUUGGCGAUCAACUCGAGAACUCCGUGGUUAAGCAGAUACUUGAAGAAGACAAAGCGAAAUUUGGUUCUUAUGAAAACUCAAAUAAUGCACUAGACUUGCCAACGUACUUGGAUAAAUAUGUUUCGCCCACAAAGCCGAGUGUAUACAACGUUAAACCGAACAACCUGAUCGAAGCCAACUCUUCGACAAACUAUAAGAAUGGCAGCAAAAAACAGCUAGUACCCAGCGCCGGCAACGAGAUAAAUAAGACGGAAAACAAUUUAGAGAAUAACUUAAAAAUGCAGAGUCCAUACACAGCCACCAGUGAUACGGUCAUCAAUAAUUAUCUUAAGGUAGCGGCCACAACGCCACUUAUGACCAAAAAGAAGGAGAACAAUCGACCAAACUCAGGCGAGAAGCAGUUGAGAAAUAAUAGUAAGAGACCGCCGGUGGCAGCGUCGAAUAAUCAGCACACGAUAAGCAAAACGAGCGGCAAUGCAAAGUUAAAGAAAGCAACGAGCUUUGGCAGUCUGCGUGAAGACUCCAAUUUGACUGAGUUCAAUCUGGAUAAAGUGGACAGUUGGAUGUCUAUGCAUGGGGGAGGAAGCAUGCAUGAGCGUAAAACCUUGUCGAAACACAAGUCACUCGAUGCGGAUUUCGAGAAGUUGGCGGGGGAUGAAGGCGUGCAUGAGCAGGCAGACCUGCUAGCCGAGCGCGAAGCAGAUGAGCAAGCGGAUAGCGUGUCGCAAGUAUCUACGAAGUCGGAGGGCGAAUCUACAUAUGAUGAAAUCGUUUCGGUAAUUAAAGAGAUUGAUGAGGAUAAAAAGAAAGAUAACUACGCUGAGCGUGCGGUUAAUGAGCUGGAGCUCAAACUAAACUCGACAACAGAUACUGUGGCACUGCCUUCAGCACGUAGUGAGAAAAUCGCGGAGGCUGAGACUGAGUCGCCGGACAAGUACAAAGACAUACUAACUUACUUGGAUACUGUGGAAGACAGCUGUGAUCGCACACUGCUCGAAACACGGCGCUCUAUACCCGAAUCUAAUCGCUCCGAAAUGGAGUUUGUCGUAGAACCCGAUAUUGCCGAGGAUGUGCCCAAAUUAGCCGAUCUACUCAUGCUGCCCAAUCAUCAGCUUGCGCGUCGCAUCAUCGCUUUGAGCUUACGCGCCAACGAACUCGCCAAUGCUGUUUAUCUCUCCAAAGAGCAUGUGAUGAAAGUACGCACGGAGAAACAAAAAUCUAUACGCACUGAGAAGGCGAAUGCGGCGAAUCGUAUGCGUGAGCAGAAGAAACAUUAUGAGACGAUUGUGAAGCGACAUCAGGGUUUCAUAGAACAGCUACUCAAAGACAAGGGUUCGCUUUGUGAGAAAGUCGCGGCACUCACACGCCGGUUAGAGAGUCAAAAUCAAGCUUGGGAGCACAAGCUAGAGUCGGAGGUAACGCGCGUUAAAGAAACUACGUUGGCUGGUGAGAAGAUUCGACGUGAGCGUUGGGUGCGCGAGAAUACGAAGAAAAUUAAGGAGCUCACCGUGAAAGGUCUGGAGGCGGAAAUUAAUCGAAUGACAUGCAAUCAUCAGCGUGAAAUAAAUGAGCUCAAGCAAGCGCAUCAACAACAACUCUUGGACUCACUCGAAGAGGCACGCAUCAAGCAUGAGCAGAUUGAGAAUUCCAUAAGAGAGUCGUGCGCACAAGAUCGCGAGUCGAUUAUAGAGAAAGAACGUCUGGCGAUACGUGAGAGAUUCGAGCGCCAACUGGAGGAGGAGCGCAAGUGUUUCGAUGAGCAGCGCCAAAAGCUUAUUGAAGACUUCAACGUCGAACGUGCGCGUCUGCAAAAUGAGUUGAAAGUGAAAGAUGCCAACUUUCAAGUGCGUCGCCAAGAGCUGCAGCAUGAGAAGGAAAUGGAGUUGGAGCAAACGGUGGCCGAGUUGCAAGAGAAAAUGUUUAAACAGGAGGAGAAGUACCAGAACCGCAUAAACACUAUCGAGAAACAGUAUGAGGCAGACUUUGAGCUAUGGAAACGUGACUACGAGAAUGAGUGCAAGGUGACGCAGGUGGAUAAAGAGAAUACAAUACGGCAGCACUAUCGUGCCGAGCGCGAUCGGCAAAUCGAUGCUAUUGUCAGUCGUAUGGAUGCGGAGGCGCAAAAACAUGCCGAGGAGCAUGAAAUCAGGUUAAGUCGCUUGAAAGAGAAAUACGAAAAAGACUUGGAAUUGGUUGAAAAUGCCGAGAGAUCACUACGAGAGAAAUAUGCAGAGACGCGUAGUGCACUAGCGGAGGCCGAUGCGCAAGUACGGAACUCGGAAGCGGAGAUUAAGCAGCUGAGAAUGGAGUUGGAGCACAGCAAGAAGAUGUGCAAUGACUUUAUAUCCGAACGCGAUCAAUUGCGCGAUAAUUUACGCAAUGAAAUGCAGAGCGAAGCGGCGGCUAUCAAAUCGGAGCGCGAUAAUGAAAUACAAAAGAUACACAAAAGGGUCCAACAAGCGAUUGAGAAAAAGGAUGCCACCAUCGAUUUAUUGCAAAAGGAAAAUGGCAGCUUGCGUGAACGUUGUUUGAAGUUGGAGGCGGUUAUAAGGCAGCAAAGAAAAGAUUAUUGUGUGAAGUAAUUAAUGUUGAAUGUGGGUGAUUUAAUUCCAAAAAAAAAGGCGGAAACAAAUAUUGAAUAAAGUGAAAUGUAA